UUUCUUGUAUCAUUACAUUAGAUAAGAAUCUUUAUCUCUUAAACAUACAAAGUUCUCUCUGAUUUUGCGUUAUUAAUAUUUAUGUAAAAAAAAAUAAUUUAAUGGUUUUUAAUACAAAACACAAGUUCCUCUAUAUUAAAUUACAAUAAUUUAGUGACAAAUAUUGGUAAAUUGAUAUAUAAUGAAUAUAUUAAAAGGAGUACUGAGACAGAAGAUAAUAUUAUGGACAGUUAUUGGUGUAUGUGCUGGAAUUUCAUUAGGACUCAUACUUAAAACUUUUACUCUUCAACCAUGGACCAAACGAAAUGUAAUGUAUCUAAAGUUUCCUGGAGAACUAUUCAUGAGAAUUGUAAAUUGUUUAAUAUUGCCUCUUAUAACAUCCAGCAUAGUAAGUGCUACUUGCAACUUGAAAAAAUCAGGUAAGUAUAAAGCAACUUACAUUGUCAUCAUUGUUAAACAAGAAUUUCUUAUUACAAAUCUUAAAAUUCUAAAAUGCAUAGGUCGCAUUGGAACAAUGGCAUUAUAUUACUAUACAACGACAACAUCACUUGGAAUAAUAUUAAGUGUUAUACUAGUUCAAACAAUAAGACCUGGUGAUUUACUUAAAGAUAAAAACAUCAUAACACAAAAUACAACCAGAUAUUCAAUAACAGUGGACACAAUUUUAGAUCUAUUUCGAAAUUUUAUCCCAGAAAACAUAGUGAGUGCAACCUUAUUCCAGUAUCAAACUAUAUUACAAAAAUCAAAGAAUGAAUCAGUACCAAUUGAUGAAUGGAAAAUAGAUCAUAUGAAUGUACCAGGGACAGAUGUACUAGGAUUAGUAGCUUUUAGUUUAGUCUUGGGAUUAGCAAUUGGAGAUAUAGGUGCAAAAGGAGAACCUUUAAUAAACUUUUUUCUAUCUUUAUCAGAUGCAAUGAUGAAGAUCAUGAGUUGGGCAAUAAUGCUAGUACCAAUAAGUGCACUAUUUCUUAUUUCUGCAAAAAUUCUUGAAGUAGAAGACUUUAACAGUUUAAUAAAAAGGCUUGGAAUUUAUAUUUUAACUGUCUUCAGUGGUUUGCUUAUACAAGGUUUAAUAUUACUUCCUCUAGUGUAUUUUAUAUGUACCCGUAAAUCUCCAUACAACAUCAUAGUUAAACUUGGACCAGCUUUUGCUACAGCAUUUGGUACAUCAUCAAGCACAGCUACAGUUCCAGUAACAAUAUCAUGCUUGGAACGCAUUGGAAUACCUUCUAAAAUAUCUAAGUUUAUUGUACCAAUUGGAGCCACCAUAAAUAUGGAUGGUAUAGCAUUAUAUGAAAGCAUUGGUGCAAUUUUUAUAAUUCAGUUGCAUGGAUUACAAUUUUCAUUGUUCCAGAUCAUAAUAAUCUGUAUAACGUGUACUUUGUCGUGUAUUGGUGCUGCCGGCUUACCUAGUGGUGGUUAUGUAAUGUUAAUAAUGGUAUUAAAUUCCGUGGGAGUUCCAGUAGAAGAUGUUUCAUUAAUUAUCGCCAUUGAUUGGUUCGUAGAUCGUUUUAGAACCACUUUAAACAUCAUAGCAGAUGCAUUAGGGGCUGGCAUAAUAAGUCAUCAUUAUAAAAAAAGUAAACAAACUUCUAUACCAGAGGAAAUAGGAUUAUAUAUUUCCGCGUAAUAGGUUGAAAUUUUAAGUAAAUAAAAAAUUAUUGAAAUAUUUGUAAUGUAAAAAAUAAUAUUAAACGUUAUUAAAAAUAUACUCAUUUAUA